AAGGACUAAAGCUUGAAACCAGGCGACGUGAAGAAAGAGAGAGAGAAACAGCGAGACUUGAAUAGAAGUCCGGAAAAAAUUACCGCCGCCCAACCGAUCGGUGAGUGGCUGGUUUUCUGUUGGUAGUUGUGGUUGGAGUUCGUUGUCGAAGACGGCCAGGUUAUGUGUACCUGAAUUAAAGCAUUGUGUACAUCUCUUUUUUGAAUCCAGUGUUUGCAAAUUUAACCUCGAAUAGGUGACAGAAGUACAAAGGAAGACGGUUGAUUGUUUUCCAAACUAUCAUUCAAGCAGUCAGUUUGCUUGACGCUCAUUGGUCGGUUGGUUGAAUUUUGUUUUUAUUAUAUUGCUAAUUAACAAAAUCCUUCACAAUUAGGCUUCUCUCAUAGCGUACAGGUUGGAAGAACCUAGAGACUCAUCAAUCGGAGGUUGCCAAAAGUUCUUUCUUACUUCCUUUUAGCAGUUGAUUAAUCACUUGUGGCAACGUAAACGUAUUUUCAGUCUGCUGAAGACUAGCAAGCCUAAAGCGCCAGUGGUCUUCCCUAAUCAAGAACCACCGAAACAUUUGGUACAAAAUUCUUUGUUGUUGUGAGACUCCUUUAACCCUGCUAUAAUUUAGGCCAGUAGCCCAUGAUUGAUUCGGAAAACCGAUUUGUUUCAUCGUUAUACGGCAUCGUAGAGACAGAAAAAAACCACGGUCAAUUUGAGUCUGGACGUGGAAGAUUUGGUGGAUACACGCGCCGACAGAAAUAUAGGCAUUAAAUUGACUAAGUGGAUGGCGAAAACAGCUCAGGCCGAAUGAGACUGCGUUGGGAAUAAAUUAAGCCGUGUUGUUUGCCAGGAGAGGAGAACGGUCUCUCUUACACCUGUCUCAUUGGGUUUGAUGUGAAAGUCGAGUUGGGUUCCCGAGUCAGCGUAUACUCUUAUGAAACUCAGUCAUGGCGGCCGAUGUAGUCGCGUGGUUGCCGUUCGCUCGUGCGGCAGCCAUCGGAUGGGUACCUCUUGCUACAGCGCCGAUGCCGCCGCCACCAGAAUCGUCCAAACCCGAAGAACGAGUCACCAUCAAUGUCAGUGGAAGACGAUUCGAAACAUGGCGAAACACGCUGGCAAAGUUCCCAGAAACGCUUCUUGGUAGCGAAGAAAAAGAAUAUUUUUACGACUCGGAGACCAAUGAAUAUUUCUUCGACAGGGAUCCAGACCUUUUUCGCCAUGUUUUGAAUUAUUAUCGAAAUGGAAAGCUGCAUUAUCCUCGAGGUGAGUGUGUGUCGUCCUUCGAAGACGAGCUCGCGUUUUUCGGGAUUUCCGAGGACGUAGUACACGAUUGCUGUUGGGAGGAUUUUCGGGAAAGGAAAAAAGAAUGCAUGGAGAGGAUUUUCGAGCCAGAUAAGCUGGAUGAUGCCUCUCAAAAUGGCGAAGAAAUCGUGGAUCAAACUGUACGUGAACAGCUCUGGACGGCUUUUCAGAAUCCCCAGAGUUCGAAAGUAGCUACCGUCUCGUACUAUAUAACGGGUUUGUUCAUUGCCGUGAGUGUUAUAAGCACAGUAAUUGAAACAUUGCCUUGCAAGGGGAAAAUCUCUUGUGGGGAUGUAUACAGCAAAAUAUUUUUUGGUUUGGAAGCAGCGUGUGUUGUUGUGUUUACUGUGGAAUAUUUAGCAAGACUUUAUGCGGCACCGGACAGAGUCAAGUUCGCUAGAGAUCUUCUCAGCAUCAUUGAUGUAGUGGCGAUUCUCCCUUUCUAUGUAGGGUUAUUCAUGCCAAAUAAUUCAAUAAGUGGAGCGUUUGUGACUCUAAGGGUAUUUCGUAUCUUCAGAAUUUUUAAAUUUUCUCGGCAUUCUCGCGGUCUUCGCAUCCUUGGCUAUACUCUCAAGAGCUGUGCUUCGGAGUUGGGAUUCCUUCUGUUUUCUCUUUCCAUGGCCAUUAUAAUAUUUGCAACCGUUAUGUACUAUGUUGAAAAGGGAGAAAGAGACACAAAAUUCACGAGUAUUCCUGCUUCAUUCUGGUAUACUAUAGUCACGAUGACAACUCUAGGAUAUGGUGAUAUGGUACCAACAACUGUCCCUGGUAAAAUUGUAGGCAGUUUAUGUUCCCUGAGUGGUGUGCUGGUAAUAGCCCUUCCAGUACCUGUUAUAGUAUCCAAUUUCAGUAGAAUUUACUUACAAAAUCAAAGAGCAGACAAGAGAAAAGCUCACAAGAAAGCAAGAGUUUCUAUAUCUAAAACUAUGGCAGGAACAGCGCUGGUCUCUCCGCCUGAUAAAACUAAUGUCCCACUGGGAGCUGGUCUGGAGUUAACGCAAAUACCGGGCAAAGAUAACGAUGCAUCGUAUUUAGAAGAACAACACAACCAUCUACUGCAUUGUUUAGAAAAAGCGACGGCCCGUCAAUUCGUUGAAAUGGAAUACACAUAUAAAGGCGAGCCCGUUGCUAGGCGACCACCCAAGCCCAACUCUCCUAUAUGUACCCCAUCUGGUUCUCCACUCUCCUCGUCUCUCUCGUUAGCAGCGGUUUGUGAUAACGCGUGCUAUAAUCGAAACAGCUACAACGGCAAAUGUAUGAAACGAACUCGAUCGUUGUCUGAGCCACCGACACAUAAACAAGAGAACUGCGUAGCUGGUGAUCACAUGGAAAUGAAUGACGUCAGAACCAGUCCGUUUUUAAAUUCAAACAUGAACAACAACGAGAAAAAACAACCGAACAACGUGACGACUUCAGCCGUUGUAACAAUGCCAGAUUUUGAGACCGUCACUGUUCCUAAUAAUAUCCAUGAUGCGGGAAACAGGAGAUACGAGAAUUGUAACGAUCGAUCCCCGACGUCGCAUACAGCCAUUUAAUGGCUGCGGAAUGAAUUACAACAUGCAAGCAAAUCUGUUCUUGUCGUCUGUGUUUCAGACGAUUAUAUUCGGAAUUUCUUACUCGAGUUAUGAAAUUUUUGAGUACAUAAAACAAUUGCGACUGUCCCUAUCGAUUGAGGAAAGAAACAUCCUAUCUAACAGAUACCAAAUUAAGAAGAAAACUUCCCAAAAUCUAAAAGUGGAAAAAAACGAACGAAAAGUAGAAGACCAAGGGAAUAAAAAAAGCUUUCUCAGUGGACUGGAAGCCACUGAUGGAUCCUUUAUCUCUGAUGGUGGGAGGUCUGCUGUACAUGCGUGCAUAGACGCAGAGAAAUCCUAGUACAAAAAGGAAAAAAAUUAUGGAAGGAAAUAUGAAACGAAACGGGCUCUUCUUCUACAUAAAGCAAAGAUUUUCAGCUAUCUAAAGGCUGAAAAAAAAAGCAAGUCGAGAUCAAGUUGUCGAUAAAAAUGAUAACUUUUGGGAACUCAGUCAAACUAUGCGAAAACUCUCUUUCGAUUUGUACAAUUCUCAUUAAAGAACGAUUCCCUUUGCGCGCGGAAUUUUCAACAAAGCUAUCGCCGUCAGAAAGUUUGAGUAAUAAUCUAGCUCAUCACGUGCAGCGCACGUGACACUAGUGCCUCGAUCUCGUGUAUGCAGUCUGCAUGCUCUUCGAAUUAAAAUAAGGAUCUUCAGAUUAUUGCAUAUUAUCGCCGUCAUUGUAUUGCGACAAAUUCUGGAGCAAUCGGAAUUUCCGAUUGUUUUACAUCAAAGCGUAUUUUUACUUUUUUCAAACCUUAAUAUAUACUGAAAUUAUAUAUACAUAUAUAGAUAUAUGUAUUCUUAUGUAUUWUUGUGUACAAAGUUAGAACAGCUCUUAGACCUAAUACAGGGCAGCUGUGAACAUGGAAUAUGUUGCCUCCAAGGCUGAGCGGCGAAGGCCUGGGAUGAUUGCUUUCGAAGGAGAUUUCUUGGAAGCCAUGAAAGUAAACUCGAGAAUGGAUGAAGUUCGUUGCUUUUACAGGAUAUCAGGGUAAUCGUAUGGACAAGUUAGAAUAUUAUUGACAAUAUGCGAACCAUGUUCCAGAGGUUUAAACCACGCAAUCACUUUGUUGUAAGAGGUUUUUUAAUCGAGUGUGGCGGAAAAUGGUUCUUCGUCGGCGAACCUUUAUUUAUUUAUUGAUUUCAGUUGAAAAAGAAAAAAAUAGCACUGUGAGAAAGAGGGCGAAAGGAUUAUCACAGUGCGAACUGGAAUCAAAAAACCAUGGGCGCCUAGAAAUAUUUUAAGAAUGUUCAAUAGCCAAUCAGAAGCGUUAUUGUUAUCUUUCCGUUAUCUUGUGGUUAGAAAGUCAAUUCUAAUUGACCAAAGAAAAACAGAACAUUACUAGAAUAUUUCUAGAGGCCCACGGGUUUUCCAUUCGCACUGUAAUUAGGUUCGUGGAUGAAAACGAAAAGUUUAUUGGUGUGAAUUACUUUCUCAUUGGAAAGGGAAAAACAUGGCUGCUAUUUUGAUGAUAAGAUCAGUGUAUCCAAAACGAAACUUUCGUUAACGUCAACCAACAUGAUGGCGGCUAUGACGUCAUAUACAUCCCAUGUGAGGUCAUAGGUUGUAGUGCAUUUUUUCCCAUAAGAAUAAAAUGAGACGUGCUGCCAUGUUGGUUGACAUGAGAAACAAAAACAAGGGCAAAAGUUGAAAUUUAUUUAACAUGGCGGCGAUGACGUCAUAGGAAAUAGGAGAAAUCCGCUUUUCUGAAAUCACGACAAUAAUCCUUUUCGCCCUCAGUCAGCAGUGUGCGUCUCUUGGACAUGCGUUCCUCAAGCUUCAGAUUAUUUAGAAAAUUUUAAAUCAAUUCUCUCUUAUCUUCCAAUUUGUAAAGAAAAUAUGUAAAUACUAGCUAGCACUUUAAAUUCUUAAAUUCGUAAUUCAAAUGAAUCUAAGCCAAUCAACUUUGAACUCCCGGGUCAAAUAUCCGAGGUUUAAUUCCAGACCUCGUAAACUGAUGAAUGGUUUUUACAUGACCUAAUAUGGACACUAAUGGUGGCGAUGACGGCCGUAUAUAGACAUUGAUGGAUUUCAUUACCAAAUUUGGACAUCAAUGGUGUUUUAUUACCUUAUAUAGACCUUAAUGACGUUUCGUUUGUAUGGACGUUUUUCUCCACGUGACGUACCAUUCUCGUAACAGAUCAGAUUAAUCUAGUAGGACAGACAGCGAAUUAUUCUUCCUAUUCUAUAUUUUAAAGAUACUAUUGAUUUGUAUUUUGAGUAGUUCAAUUGUGAUAAGUGAGAUCGUGCGACUGUGUGUAUUUUUUUGUUUAUUUGCGGUGAUUUUAGGUGUGGUUAUUUUGAUAUUUUUAUGCGUAUUUUAUUUAUUCUUAAAGUGAGUUAGUAGAACUUCCGAUUGAAACUACUUUUAUCCCAGAUCAUUAAGAGCAUUAAUAUAUCAUUUUAAAUGCUGGGCUAUUUCUAAACCAUUGUUUACUAUUGCAUGUAUUGGUAUUCAGAACAGGAUAACGACUAUCCUCACUAUUUAAUUAUAAAUAAACAACACUAAAAAAUAAA